AUGAAGAAGUUUUUAUUGGUUGCUGUUUCACUUGCUCUUGUUCUUGGGAUUGUGGAGAGUUUUGAUUUCCAUGAGAAGGAGUUGGAAACCGAGGAUAGCUUGUGGGAACUGUACGAGAGAUGGAGAAGCCAUCACACGGUGUCUCGGAGUCUUGGUGAGAAGGCAAAGCGUUUCAAUGUGUUUAAGGAUAAUGUCAUGCAUGUUCACAACACUAACAAGAAGGACAAGCCUUACAAACUGAAACUAAACAAGUUUGCAGACAUGACCAAUCAUGAGUUCAAAAGCACUUACGCCGGCUCCAAGAUUAAGCACCACAGGAUGUUCCGGGGGUCGCAGCGUGGUACUGGCAAGUUCAUGUAUGAGAAUGUUGAGAAAGUCCCCACAUCGGUUGAUUGGAGAAAGAAAGGUGCUGUCACUGCUGUAAAGGACCAAGGCAAUUGUGGUAGUUGCUGGGCAUUCUCAACCGUUGUAGCAGUUGAGGGUAUAAAUCAGAUUAAGACAAACAAUCUAGUCUCUUUGUCUGAGCAAGAGUUGGUUGAUUGUGACACCGAACAAAAUCAAGGAUGCAAUGGAGGGCUUAUGGAAUAUGCGUUUGAGUUCAUCAAGAAAAAGGGGGGAAUAGCAACUGAAACUCACUACCCUUACAAAGCAGAAGAUGGAACCUGUGAUGCUUCUAAGGAAAACUUACCCGCAGUGUCAAUUGAUGGCCAUGAGAAUGUACCCGAAAACGAUGAGGAUGCUCUGCUGAAAGCAGCUGCUCACCAACCUAUUUCUGUCGCCAUAGAUGCUGGAAGUUCUGAUUUUCAGUUCUACUCAGAGGGAGUGUUCAAUGGCUACUGUGGCACAGAGCUGAACCAUGGAGUUGCAGUUGUUGGCUAUGGAACAACACUGGAUGGUACCAAGUACUGGAUAGUAAGAAACUCCUGGGGAUCCGAGUGGGGUGAGAAGGGUUACAUAAGGAUGCAAAGAAAUAUCUCUCACAAAGAGGGGCUUUGUGGAAUAGCCAUGGAGGCUUCAUAUCCCAUCAAGACCUCUUCAUCUAAUCCUUCUGGAACUUUACCAUCACGUAAAGAUGAACUCUGAACAGCUCGCACUGAUGGCUUCAAGUCCUUUUAGAUGCUUUAUCUUCUGUUUUUUUUCUUCUUCUUCCGUUCUCAAGUUACAUGGGACAUGGCCUCAUGAACCAUAAGAAUAAUACAGUAUUAGUUUCACAGAUGCUUUAGUAUUGUAAUUUCAUCAGUCAAAUCUCUAUCUUGUUAAACAUCAAUAAUUUUUUCGAAUUUCAGAAUUUUUCAAGUA